GAAAUGAGCUCAGGCAGGUUACUCAGCACCGAGGCUUUAUCCUGGAUGUCGGAUGUGGGCAACAUGACUGUAAGUCUGUCUGAGGGCUUGGUCCUGCAGCCUGCCUGGGACUACCUCCACCAGAACCACCACGACCUCCUGAGGAGCCCUCUCUUCCCCGUGGUCCUCUCCGUCUGCACCUACUUCUUCCUGGUGGCGGUUUACACCGUGCUGGACCUGCUGGCUCCCACCUGGCCCUGCAUCAACCGCUACAAGCUGCAUCCGGACAGACCCGUCACCUGGUCGAACAUCUGGACUACCUUGGGGGUCACCGUGUACAACCACCUGCUUUACAUCUUUCCUGCUGCGGUAGCCCAGUGGCUGUGGAGGCCUCCCACCCCGCUGCCCCGUGAAGCACCCUCUCUCUGGGGCUUCUUCCUGGGCAUCCUGGGCUGCACGGUGGUCUUUGACUUCCAGUAUUACCUGUGGCACCUGUUGCACCACCGGGUUCCCUGGUUGUACCGGACCUUCCACGCCGUGCACCACCAGUACAACCAACCCUUCAGCCUGGUCACCCAGUACCUGUCUGGCUGGGAGCUUUUCAGUGUGGGAUUCUGGGCCACAGUGGACCCCAUUCUGCUUCAGUGCCACUGCCUCACUACAUGGGGCUUCAUGGUCUUCAACAUCUAUGUUUCCACUGAAGACCACUGUGGCUAUGACUUCCCAUGGUCCAUGCAUCAUCUGGUUCCCUUUGGACUAUGGGGUGGUGCGCCCAAGCACGACGCGCACCAUCAGCGUCCUGGUACCAACUUUGCCCCGUUCUUCUCUCACUGGGACUGGCUAGGGGGCACACACAUUGUGCCAACUCCCUCAAGCCACGCUGCCACUGCAGAGCCAGAGGAUAUGAAAGGGAGGAAAGACUAA